AGGAGGUCAUCAGCUUUGGUGUAUGUGUUGGCCAGUUCUGAAAUCUUGAAGAAACUGCACCAAGGAAAAUCAAAGUAGCAGUCUUUGCCAAUUAGGGAAUGGACCGUUUGGGUUCCUUUAGCAAUGAUCCCUCUGAUAAACCCCCUUGCCGAGGCUGCUCCUCCUACCUCAUGGAGCCUUACAUCAAGUGUGCUGAAUGUGGCCCACCUCCUUUUCUUCUUUGCUUGCAGUGUUUCACUCGAGGAUUUGAAUACAAGAAACAUCAGAGUGAUCAUACUUAUGAAAUAAUGACCUCAGAUUUUCCGGUUCUUGAUCCCAGCUGGACUGCUCAAGAAGAAAUGGCCCUUUUAGAAGCUGUGAUGGACUGUGGCUUUGGAAAUUGGCAGGAUGUAGCCAAUCAAAUGUGUACCAAGACCAAGGAGGAAUGCGAGAAGCACUAUAUGAAGCAUUUCAUCAAUAACCCUCUGUUUGCGUCUACGCUGCUGAACCUGAAACAGGCAGAGGAGGCAAAAACUGCUGACACAGCCAUUCCAUUUCACUCUACAGAUGACCCUCCCCGACCUACCUUUGACUCCUUGCUUUCUCGGGACAUGGCAGGGUACAUGCCAGCUCGAGCAGAUUUCAUUGAGGAGUUUGACAAUUAUGCAGAAUGGGACUUGAGAGACAUUGAUUUUGUUGAAGAUGACUCGGACAUUUUACAUGCUCUGAAGAUGGCUGUGGUAGAUAUCUAUCAUUCCAGGUUAAAGGAGAGACAAAGACGAAAAAAAAUUAUAAGAGAUCAUGGAUUAAUCAACCUUAGAAAGUUUCAAUUAAUGGAGCGGCGGUAUCCCAAGGAGGUCCAAGACCUUUAUGAAACAAUGAGACGAUUUGCAAGGAUUGUGGGGCCAGUGGAACAUGACAAGUUCAUUGAAAGCCAUGCAUUGGAAUUUGAACUCCGAAGGGAAAUCAAGAGGCUCCAGGAAUAUAGGACAGCAGGCAUUACCAAUUUUUGUAGUGCCAGAACCUAUGAUCACCUCAAGAAGACACGAGAGGAAGAGCGCCUUAAACGUACCAUGCUCUCUGAAGUUCUCCAAUAUAUCCAGGACAGUAGUGCUUGCCAGCAGUGGCUCCGACGGCAAGCUGACAUUGAUUCCGGCCUGAGUCCUUCCAUUCCAAUGGCUUCAAAUUCAGGUAGACGGAGUGCACCUCCCUUGAACCUCACUGGCCUCCCUGGCACGGAGAAGCUGAAUGAAAAAGAAAAGGAGCUCUGUCAGAUGGUGAGGUUGGUCCCUGGAGCCUAUUUAGAAUACAAAUCUGCCCUACUGAACGAAUGUAACAAGCAAGGAGGCUUGAGACUGGCACAGGCAAGAGCACUCAUCAAGAUAGAUGUGAACAAAACCCGGAAAAUCUAUGAUUUCCUCAUCCGAGAAGGAUACAUCACUAAAGCCUGAGGCUCUAAGGGAUUGGAAUCAGAAGUCAGAAGUUUGGAAUGUGGUGAACCAAAGGACAGUAUGGGCAUUCUGGAGAGUUUUCUUUUUGAGCUGAAUUCUCAUUGUACAAAGAGCGGAAGGACAAAAGAAACCUUAAGCUGUAUUAAUGUCUACUUUCUUCUCCACCCUGUUUAAAACACUCCUGUUGUUGGUAUUGUGCUGCAGAGUUGCGUGCUAGAUAAGCUAUUAUUAAAUGUGAGUGGGCAUUCAUUCCUAACACCUCUUGUAACUAAAACAAGAACCAUAGUACCUCACAUCACAAUGUUGGUAGGAAUAGAACUAAACCACCGUCUGUAGUCCCAGGAAUCCAGCUCAGAUCCUUGUACUUGAGAGGUAAGUUUGCUGAUUAUCUAUUUUGCCUUCAAACACUGCACACAGAUUUAAAAUAAAGAGAAAGGUUUUAGAGCAUGAGAAAGCUUUCUCUUUCCUUCUAAGGAUUUUUUAAGAUGACAACUUAUGUUUAUGAGCAGAGGGGAGGAAAAUGUCCCCAUGAUGGUCUUGUCCCAAAAUGCAUCUUUAACUGUAAUGUCUGGUUUUAUACUUUGCAGUCUGGCUGUCUAAUCUGCAGUAGACUUUUGAGGAGGUGGCACUAGAUAUAAAUUGUCUCUCUUAUUUUUAGAAUUAAUGGAUUAAAAUGUUUUGCUGUUUAA